CACCUUACUAUUUCAUUAAUCGAAAGAGAAAGAGACACGUUUGUCAACAACAUCACCUUCGUAAUUUGAUUAAAUAGAACCUUUUCCGAGUGCCACAGUAUCUUAGACGAAGAUAUCCAGUCUACCAUAAGACAUGGAGGGAAGAUAUAACAUGCGCAGUCCAGCUGUGAAGCGGCUGAUGAAGGAGGCGCAGGAACUGAGGGAACCGACAGAGCAGUACUUUGCCCAGCCUCUUGAUGACAAUCUGUUUGAGUGGCAUUUUACAAUUCGUGGACCCUCCGACUCGGAAUUUGAAGGUGGCAUCUUCCAUGGGCGGAUCAUCCUGCCCCCAGAGUACCCCAUGAAGCCGCCCAGCAUCAUGAUGCUCACACCUAAUGGCAGAUUUGAAAUCUUCAAGAAGAUCUGUCUAAGUAUAUCCGGCCAUCACCCGGAGUCCUGGCAGCCAUCCUGGUCCAUUCGGACAGCAUUGUUGGCUAUCAUUGGGUUUAUGCCCACCCAUGGUGGAGGCGCUAUUGGGUCUCUGGACUAUAGUGCUGAAGAAAGAAAGACUUUAUCAAAGAAGUCGCAGGACUUCAGGUGUGCAUCAUGUGGCAGUGUGAACAACACGCUGAAGCCCGUCACAGAGGCAUCAGAGAAAACAAAACAGGAGGCAAAGGAACUGGCAUCCCAAAUUAACUUCCAGGGUGAGAAAGAAAAGAAAGAACCAAGCUCUGCACUGACCAAUGAGAGUGGAGCUUCAUCUGGACCCACCAAUGAAAGCACAGCUUCCCCUGAUGGUGCCUCUGCUACCUCACCUUCACCCCCUUCCCAUCCCAACUUUCCCUGGCCAAUGCCUCCUAGUAUGGCUCCCUUUCAUGGUGGUCCUGGUAACCAGCCUCUCCAGCAGUUCCCCUUCCCACCACCCCCCUUCAUGGUUCCACCAGCAUGGCAGAACCACACUGGCAAUGCUGCCAAUCAAAUGCCUAGAUUCCCACCUUAUUUCAUGCACCCAUCGUUCUUUCAACCCCCUUCAGCAAUGAGCAGUAAUUCUCAGAUGCCCCACAUGGCCCACAUGCCUUCAUGGUUCCCUCGGGCACCCAUGGGCCAGACCAGCACUACAGCAUCAAGCAGCAGACCGGUAAUGUCAGAAAAACAACGUCCUUCAGAAUCCACACCUAGCUCCACGAAAACAACCUCUGUGCAGUCUCCAGCACCCGGCACCUCCCAGCCAGCUCCAACCCAGUCCGCUCCGCCUACUGUGACCUCUAGCCAGUCAAGUCCCAGCUCUGCGUCAUCUCAGUCAACAGGAGCGGUGCACCAAUCUAUACAAUCAGGGCCCACUGUAGGCUCAACAGAGGGUGUGCGACAGAGGCAGAUGACAAGACCACAGACUAGUGUCCAGCAGACAACAGUCCCUCGUCCUGCCCCAGUCUUUAAUGAAGGUCAAGGUCAGCCUAAUGCAGGAGGAAUCAUGUCUGCAGCACUGAUACUGGUUGUAGGCCUCGCAAUACUUCUUCUUCUAAUCCGGCGUCUCUAUGUCAUGAAUGUUUUAAUGUGAUGUGACUGCUAAUGUGACUUGAAACAGUGUUGGAAAUUAACACAGCAGCUUGACUAGCCAUCGUGUUGCAUGGUCAGUAUUUCCUGAAAACUAUUGUCGGGAUGAAGCUAAAAGAGGGAUUGUCUGUCUGACUUUGCCUUGGUUUUGACAAAAGUUGAUCAGUCUUAGUACUAAGAACUGUGUGAAAUGGUUGACAUUCUUCACACAGAUUAAAUAUAAAUGCAGGGCAAGGUGCGAUCUCCGUCUUUUUAGACCAGUCCAACAUUUCGAAGCCACAAGCCAACAGUCUAGCUUUAAUUUCCAAUGCUGUAAGCUGUAAGUUAUUUCUAUGGGACAUAUGUAAGUGGUGAUUUGACAGUGCUGGAGGAUGUGUGUCUUGAUGUACCGAUACUCAUGAUCCACCUGGGGGAAUGCAAAUGUGAUGGCAACUCACCAAUAAUAUGGAGAGACUGUUUUCUGUGUAAACAGACAGCACUCUAUUAUUGAUUGUAGUGUUUCCUAUGUUUGUUGGUUGGUUUACAUUAUUUUGUUAUUUAUUCAAAGGUUAUUGUUUACUCAACAGUAUACAACUUCCCAAACUCAUUGUAUCAGGGAGGGAAAGGUUCAUGGCUUCCUAACUUUUGCAAAUAAAGCGCAGACAAGCAAUCUAUAUUCAGAGACCAUAUAUCCACCCUCGGAUAUGGUCUCUGCUAUAUUUUUGUAUGGGGAAAAAUGCUACCCAGGUCUUUUUACACAAAGUGUAAAUAACAAGCUUUCAUGUGGGUAUUUGAUUGCUGUACAUGUACAUAGAAGCAAGCAUGUUUUGUUUGUUUCUUUGAUUAGGCUAAGAAAUGUGUCUUAGUCCUUGUAUGGAAGCAGAUACUCUAGGCUCAUACUGCAAGAAUAUAAUACCACAGGUAGUAUCAAGUGUUAAGUGUACCAGUUCAAAAUACGGAAAUACAUGCUUGAUGUUUCAGUGUUUAUCAUGUAUGAAAUAAAAUGACUUAAUUUGCAUGACAGAAACGUAUAAUUGUGUCCAAUCCUUGAGGCAUUCACUGCCCAAGCUGGGUAGAACAUUUUUCUUGUCAUGAUAGGUCAUGACAGGUGACCAUUCCCAUGUUGAGAGAUGGGUUAACAAGAUCCAGAAGAAGUGCAAUGUCAAGUGGUGCCGGUGCCGAUGCCCGUGGACUACAGCAAUAGUUUGUGUGAAGAUGUUUGUAUGAAGAUUCUUGAACAAGUGUUGUCCGAGUGCCAGCAUCUUUAUCAUAACACACUCUAGAAGGGAACGUGUUCACCUGUUGGGAGUGCUUCCAGAACUUUAUACAUGGAUAUGUGCAGGCUAAACACAAGAGUGGGAGCACAUUGUACAUUGAUUCAUUAUGGCAUCUCAGAAGAUAUCAUCAUAUCCAGAAAAGAUCAUAAAUGAGACAUGGGAGGCAGUCAGUGUUAACUGGUGGUUGAUUAGUAAGGAAUACAAGAUGUGAUAGUUACAAACUUUUCAAGAUCUAUGUCAUUAAAGAAAUGAGCCUUUCAGACACUGUCAUGUCUUAGAUGUGUUCAUGCGAAUAGACUUUGUUCAACACUUGCACGUUUUGUACUUAUAACAACACAAAUGUAUUGGAAACACAAGCAAGUAUUUGACAUUGAUGUAGAUAAGAACAGUUAAACUAUUAAAAAGACCCAUAGGGUGGCGUUGUUACUCAAAUGUACAUGUACCGGUAUAUUUUAUUUUGAGUGGGAUGGGGAUUACAGAAAAAUGUAACUCAAAAAGGAGGGUUGGGGUUGGGAAGCAAAAUAUGACGGUCCAAAGACCAACCUUACCACCUGGACCCACCCCUACCCUUAUAAAAAAAUUACCUGCCCUCAACCUGGCAACACGAUCAUGGCAGAAUAAGAAAAUCACAAAUAUCUAUAUUUAUUUUCCCCCACCUUUCAACCAGGAACAAUGUGUGAACAUGGCCAUACUAACUGGUAUAUUCAGGAUGUCAAGUCCUAAACCUGCAAGUGCCAGGAAGAAAAACAUCUAGGUUCCCAUGAUCUGACUUGCAAGUGAAUUGAACUUACUGAUGAGCACAGUUUGGAAAUCUCCGCAAACCUUUAACCUUGAACUACAAUUUUCAAUAGUUUGGUUUUUUUUAUAGUUCAGUUUCCGUCAAACCAAAAACAAUUGUGUGAUCCAUGUUUACACACUUCAGAAAUCAACUUAUCUCAAUUAUAUUUUCUUGUCGGCAAUUAUCUACCCAAGGCAAGUGUGCCCACUAGCCUGUAUCAAAGGGAAAACUAGACUUUGAUAUAGGCUAGAGGACUCUCUUGGUAAAGGAAGAUUAUCAGAAAUGUGAUGGAACAUUUUGAAGAUAUUACGGUAUGAUACGGGAUUAAUGAUUUGCUGUCUCCAUGGUCAUUGUCCAUUGAUAAAUACCCACUUCCUGGCUGACUUAUAUGACUUUUCUGUGAUACAGUCAGUAGGGUUAAUUUUGUGUUUAUGUUGUACAUAGAAUUGUAUAUGAAAUCAUGCUUCUAUGCCUCGCCAUAAAGAUAUUUAAUAUGAAUCUUCAUGAUAUUGUAACAUGUUUCAAGAGGUGUACAAAAAUGGAAUAAAUAAAUAUGGAUGGCA